AUGUCUUCGUCUGGUGGUGGCUCAAGGUGCUUUAAAUCGCAAUGUGGCCUGUUUCAAGUAACAUGGUAUUUUAAGAAGCAAUCUACAUUACUUUUUCAAGCAAAAGUCGCCGAAGAUUUGGCAGUUAAACUAAAAGAGGCAAUUACAAAAGCAAUCGAAGAUGCUGAAAACCUUGCCAAACACAAAGAUGGCGCCUCUGAAGUCGAAACCUCGAAUUUCAAACACACAGGAGAAUCACUCCCAAAGGAGCCAGUGUCUUGUUCCUUCCGAGAACUCACAGAGGAUGUUGAACGUGUAAAGCUUGACAUGGUUAAAAUGAAAAAAAGAAUUAAUGCAAAAUUGGAAGCAAUAUCGAAUAGUGCAGCAAACGAAAAGCCAAAGGAAAACCCAAAAGAAGACGAGUCUCGGCAGGAGAUUGCCCACCAUGAACAAACUAUUCAAGAAUUACAGAGCAAAAUUACAUCAUUAAUGAAGUUGUACAAUAAAAAACUUGAAUAA